GAUUGUCUGACGGAUAGUGCAGAAGAAGCCAGGUUGGUGCUGCUCUGGGAAGUCGGGAGUCACUGCCAGAGUCAACGCAGAACAACGCCAUUUCGCCACUAGCGGAGGCAACAACAAACUGAUUCUAUAGAAUGGCGGUGGACAUCUCUGACUCUCAGUACCUGCUCAUCCUGGCCCCAACCCUGAUCAUUGCCCUGAUGUUCCUCUUCUUCUGGCUGUUCAUGAAAGAAACUUCCUACGAUGAGGUCUUGGCCAGGCAGAAACGUGACCUCAAGACACCACCAUCCAAGCAAGACAUGCGUAAAAAGAAUGAAAAGAAGAAGGGCAAGAAGAAGGAGAGUGCAAGUGGAGGAGGAGGUGGAGGAGAGUCAGAAGAGGAACUGCGGGACUUUGAUUUGGUUGAUGGUGCCAACAGCUCUACUCUGGAGGUAGAAGAUGAACCUGUACCAGUGGCUACACCAGAUCCUGCUCCACCAACACCUACUCCUUAUGUACCUGUUAGGUUGCUGUCCACUGAGGCUCCUGCUGGUCUGAGGGAAAGGAAGAAGAAGGAGAAAAAAGCUGCUGAGGCUGCUGCAGCAGCUGCAGUCACAACUACAGCUACAGUUACAGCUGCUGCUUCUCAGGAGCCAGAAGUGAAUGGGUCCAAGCCGGUCAGCCGCAAGGCAGAGCCACCUGUUUCUGUUAGCAAACAGUCCAGCCCAUCUUCUCCGCAACUAGAGGUUCAGGUUCAGCUCCAAGCUGCCCCGGCUCCUGUUCAGACUCAGACACCUCCCCAGUUCUCUGUGAAAAAGGAGAAAAAGAAGAAACAAAAAGCAGAGCCUGUGGAGGACCAGCAGCCAGAGGUUAAAGCAGAGCAGGCUCCAGCACCAGUUAAGAAAGAAGCUCCCACUGUGGCUGAAACCAAAGUUCUGGAUGGUGUGACCCCAAGCACUACCAGCGGCAGGAAGAGGAACUCUGCCAAGAAGCAGAAGACUGAGCAUGUAGAUGAAGCCCAUGUUGUGGCUGACUCGGCAACCUCUGCCAACCACCAGGCAGCUCAUAAUGAUGAUGUACCACCCAGAGGGUCUGGCAAGAAACAGAAGAAUGAGACAGACCGAGAGAACAAAGAGGUGAAGCUGAAAGACCUGCUGUCUGGUCUGUCGACCCUGGCUCUGUCAGAAGCUGAGGCUGUCAGUGUGAUGGCCCUCCUCCGAGAGAAGAGCCCUAAUGCUUUGGAUGCCUGGCACAAAUCUGCAGCCAGGCCUGACCCAGCUGCCCAGGAGCGUGAGCGGCUCCUUGCAACUCUUCAGGAGGAGGCCUCCAUUGCUAAGGACAAAGUAAAACAGCUGAGCCAGGAGCUUCAGGUUGAGAAGCAGAAGACAGGACGUGUGGAGGCCCUGAUGAGAGAGCAACAUGCAGCCAUGGAGAAGGAACUGGGGAGCAUGCAGGCCGACGCACAAGGCCGCUAUCAGGAGGUCCAGAUAAAGUUUCAGCAGGUGAGGGAGCAGCUGGAAAGCCAGAUCACUCGACUGCAGCAAGAAAAUGGCAUUCUGAGGGAUGCAGUCAGCUCUGCCACCAACCAGAUGGAGAGCAAGAAUUCAGCAGAGCUGAACAAGCUACGCUCUGAGUACGCCACUCUGAUGAAAGAGCUGGCAGACAACAACAGCAAGCUGCAGCAGGAGGAGCACCAGAGGAAGUCACUGGAGGUCAGCUACAAGCAGAACGUGUCACAGCUGGAGGUCCAACUGCAGGACGCUAAGCGACGCUGGGAAGAACUGCAGAACUUCCUCCACAAUGUCAACGCUGAGAGGGAGAAGCUUCAGACCUCAAAGCAAGAGCUCCACAGCCAGCUGGUGGCAGCAGAGACAGAGAUGAACAACAAGAACAAGGAGAUCCAGAACUUACACAACAGCCUGACUGAAGCCAUGGUCUCCAAGGAGCAACUGGAACAGAGAGUGUUGAAGCUUAUGGAGUUGUCUCAGCAUAGUAUGCCUGACGACUCACUGCAGGCGCGGGUUCAGGAGCUUAUGAAUGAAAAGAAAAGUCUUCAGGUCCAGAACGAGACACUGCAUGUCCAGAAUGACAGCCUGCAAGCCCAGAUCUCUUCACAGGCCACCCAUGUCUCUCACAUUGAGGAGCUACAGAAGCUUCUGUCUGAAAAGGAAUUGCAGAGGAAGAGUUUGGAGGAUUCUUUAAAUGCUGAGAGGAGCAGCGGUGCCAGUAGAGAAUAUAACAUGCAGGCCUUACACAAUGAGAACAUGUUGCUGAAGGCAGAGAUUCAGAAUCUGCAGGCCCAGAUUUCUGAUCAGACUGCCUCUCAGCUGGCUCUGGACCAGUUCCAGAAAAGUGUCCAGGAGAAAGAGGAGAACAUGAAAACUGUUGAGGGUCUGUUGGAGAAGGGGCUGAUUGAGGUGGCCAACAAGGAAGAGGAACUCAAGGCUGUAAGAAAAGAGAACGAGGCACUAAAGCAAGAAAGAGAGGGCCUUAAGAGAAAGACAGCAGAACAGGCAUCAUCUGAAUCAAUAGUGGAAGAACUCAAGCGCAAGGUCCAAGAGAAGGAUGUGAAUCUAAAAUCAAUGGAAGAAAGUCUACAUGCAGCACAAGACAGCAGCUCUGCAAGACAGAAGACAGUUGAGGCUCUGGAGCAGCAGUUGGCUGCCCUGCAGGCAGAUGUGGAGCAGCUGAGACAGAAGGAGACACCAGAGUUGACCAGUUCUGUUACCCAGCUCCCAGAACUCCAGGCUCAGCUGGCAGCAAAGGACCAGGAGAUUCAGAUGCUACAGGCUGAGCUGGAGGCAAGGACUAAGGAGCUGGGUGAGAAGAUGGAGCAGGUACACCAACAGCAACUCCAGACAGCAGUGCCAAGGCCAGAGCUGCUUACAGCGUUGUCAGAGAAGGAGAAGCAGGUCUCAGAUCUGCAGGUUGAGCUGGCUGAGCUGAGGGACUCCCUGGAACUUCAUAGGAAGAAGAACAACGAGCUUCGGGAGAAAAACUGGAGCGCAAUGGAAGCUCUGUCAGCCACCGAGUCCAUGCUUCAAGGGAAACUCAGCAAGGCUGUCAAGGAGCACCAGGCAGCACUGGCAGCAUCUCAGGCUGAGUGUCGAGAUGUUCUGCACAGACUUCUGCCCCAUGUACCUCUGCCCACUGAACAGAACCAUCAGGAGUGGCUCCACAUAUUUGAGAGGGCGUUAGCUGAAAACACAGCUGCCCAGUCGACCCCUGCGCCACAGGACUCUGAGGGACUAGCUGAGAAGCUGAAAGAGGCUGAGGAAACCCAAAGGAUUCUACAGAAAGACUGUGAAACGUACAAGAAGGUUUUGGCAGAGACGGAGGGCAUCCUGCAGCGCCUCCAGAGCAGUGUGGAGCAGGAGGAGUCUCUCUGGAGAGUGAAGCUGGAGGUCUCACAGGGAGAGCUCGGAGAGAUGAGCCAGAAAGUCACAUCUCUGGAGCAGGAGAUUGAGAGACUAACUGAUGGAGCCGAGUUGGAAAAUCUGAGAAGAGAAAAGCAGCACUUGGAGUCUGAGUUGGAGAGGGCGGAGCGUGAGAGUGCCAUCUAUGUGAUGGAGGUCAGAGAGCUCAAAGAUCUGUUGACUGAAUUGCAGACCAGACUUGAUGGCUCAUAUACAGAGGCUAUCAGGCAGAAUGAGGAGCUAAAUUUGCUUAAAACCCAGCUCACUGUGACUUUGUCCAAGCUGGAUGCAGAAGAAAAUGAGAGGCAAAAGGUGGCUGGUGAUUUAUAUAAGGCCCAGCAGUCUCUUGAUCUGAUUCAGGGGGAGCUCUCAAAAGUGACGGACAACGCCGAUGACCUGAUAGAGUUUGGCAGUCUGUCGUCACAGGGGGAGGAGAUUGACAGAAAGGAGAAAAUAACUGCAGGACUGAACCAAACUGUCACAGAACUGCAGCAGCUGCUACAAGCCGUCAGCCGGCAACUCGCCAAGGAGCAGGAAGGGGAGACUGAUAAAGAUCUGGCCAAAGUAUAGUGAGAGGAGGAUAGAACCCCUGCGCAGGCACCUUGACUGCACUACCGAAACCACCUUUGACCUUUUGGUCUCAUUGCUACCACCAUUACACCAUUCUGUCACUCCCAGCCACCUCCUCCCUCUCAGCCUGUGUCACCUCACCUAUACUGUAGGCAGCCUCCAACUGACUCUUAGAGGCGCUUGUAACCCACUCUCAGAAUCAUUGUUGGCCACAAGGGAGCACACACAGAGGUUACUGUUAAUUCCAAACACUCCAGAAACUGUACCAAAACACACACUACCCCACUCCCUGCACAUUCCUCAUCUUCAGCAGAAUCGCUAGUUGAUUUUUAUUCUAAUCUUAAAAAUGACUUCCAGAAUAAUAAUUCAAACUGUGUGGCAACCAUUCCUCUGUUUAAAACACCAAUAUUUUCAAUGAAAUUCUUUUUUGAAUACUGCAGUAGUUUUAUUUGUCUCAAGGGCAGUGAUACAAUUUCCAACUUGACUUAACAAACUUGGGGUUUUCAGUCCUUUGUUUUUUUUAACUUAAAGAUCUGUAUUGUUUAAGUGUACCAGUUAGGACCUGCUGAAAUGCACUACAGUAUGUUGAUCUGUUUGCCUGCUGACCAGAAAACUAUAACGACCUGUGUAUCAUCAUGCAUUCACAAAUUCAUCAUAGCUCCAUGCAUAUCUUGACUCAGUAUUGGAAUGGAGAAAGGAGAUCAGAAAGGGUCUCAGUAUAUCAGAAGGGUCACUACGUGACUGUAACUAUGGAGAUGCAUGGACAAAUUGUAGUCACGUCUGUACUGCAGCUCCAGAGAUAAGGGAGUCUGUGACCCUGGCUGUGGAAGGAGAAGGCCAGGUCAGGAGUGUAGAGGUUUUUAAUCCUACUGCAACUACUCUAGGAAUAAGUGUCCCAUAUCAUUUGUAAUCAACACUUGCUAUAUUGUUGCUAAGUUCAUUAACCCUGAAGAUUUUGGUCUUUUUGUAACGGGUGACAUUAAUAAAGGGAUGCUUGAUAAACUUG